AGGGUUGAACUAUGUUUACUUCGAGUAUCAUCAGCGUUUACUGUAGCUUAAUUGUUUGUGGGAAAUGAAUUAAGAAAUAAACUUGUUAGAAAAAUGGUUUCUCCUGUCAUGAGUACUUAAAAAUGUUGAAUUUGGUUCGUUUUAUCCUUUGUUGUUAUCCUAUAAACACGUGACUUUAUGAUUGCGCAUUUCAUUUCGGAUGUUAUUAUUGUGCAUCAAUAUUUUCCUCAAUUGAAAAAAACCCUGAAAUUCGUUCUUUCCUGAUGGCGAAUGGGCACGUUCGAGAACUACAUCUGCAAGGACACCCCAGAACCCAUCAAAGAGUUUCUAGACCACAAUUUUUCAGUUCUUCCAUUCCUGCAUUUUCAAAAGCGGAGCUAUUAGGGCAAUUCCUUUCUUAUGCAGUCAAUGUUGUUCCUAACUUUUUCUUUAAAGUAUGUCCUCGAUGGAUUAUGAGCUGGUUUCAUUGGAGUCCAACAUCAACGCAAGCAUUGGAAAUAGUAGAGGAACAAGUUUUCUCAAAUUUGAAACGUCCUUACUCCUCAAAACAUAUUAAUAUUGGAAAAUGCUGUGGUCCAGAGGACAAUUACGUGUGGACGAUUUGUAUGAAUACUAAUGCGGAUGGGAUUCCAUUGGUGUUGCUGCAUGGAUUUGCUGGUGGUGUUGGACUGUGGCUGAUGAAUUUAGACAGCUUGUCUGCCUCUCGACCAAUAUAUGCAAUUGAUUUGCUCGGUUUUGGACAGAGUUCAAGACCAGAUUUUAGCAGCGAUGCGUUAGAAGCUGAGAUGCAGUUUUUCAUUUCUCUUGAAAAAUGGAGAACGGCGGUUGGAUUAGACAAGUUCAUACUCCUUGGACACAGCAUGGGAGGCUAUAUUGCAGCCUCGUAUGCCUUGCAUUAUCCAGCCAGAGUUGCACUUCUUAUUUUAGUAGACCCCUGGGGUUUGCCUGAAAAACCCAUUUCACUGAUGCAUCGUUAUGAAAUGGAUUCUUGGGUCAAAUUCCUGAACAGCUUUUUACAAGGAUUUAAUUAUUUAGCUUGUGUGAGAUUGGCUGGACCAUUCGGUCCGUAUCUAGUGAAACAAUUUCGAAGUGAUUUAAGAAGGAAAUAUGGAACAUUUCUGCGGAAUCCUCGGUGCAUUAUGGAUUAUGUUUAUCAUUGUAAUGCUCAAAAUCCUAG